GUAUCAGCUGUUAACUUGUAUACCAGCCCAACUUUGAUGAGCCUCGAUCGAUAGUUUUGUAGCAGCUCAAAGAAUGUAAAAUCAGAAAAGUUUUUUUUUGUCGAUGAAUCGAAAUUUGUCGAUAAUUGUUUUUUGGUUUUUCUGCAAAAUAUUUCAUGUAGUCCCUUUAUUUUCAAGACGGAACGGAUUUGGAACAUGUAAACAUGCAUAUCUGAAACUGGCACUGACAUUUGAAGUAAACAAAUGAAUUGAACUGAAAUGUCAAGUAAACAAGUGAAUUGAAAACAUUGGAGACUAUUGUGAUACCUAGAUUUGCUUAAAUUAUAAACCAAGUUAAAAUGAUCGGCACAAAUUUCGGCAUCUUCCGUCCACAUUCGUCCAGCUCGAUUGCUGGUGGUUCAGGUGCCACAGCUAUGCCAGAAGAACGUGCAGUCGUUCAACAGUUGAGCGAUUUCAUGUUACAACUGGAGGAUUAUGUACCAACAGUGCCUGAUGCAGUGACAGCUUGCUAUCUAAAUUCUGCCGGAUUUGAAUCAAAUGAUCCCCGCAUUGUGCGCUUGAUAUCGGUAGCUACUCAAAAGUUUAUUUCCGAUGUCGCCAAUGAUGCACUGCAGCAAUGUAAAACUCGUUGCAACAGCCAAAACGUUGCACAAGGAACUCACACACCGGGUCCAAAGGCAACCAAAGAUCGCAAAUACACGUUGACUAUGGAGGAUUUGGCACCCGCCCUUGCAGAUUACGGCAUAACAGUGCGCAAAGCACAGUAUUUUCCAUAAGCAUUAACCUCAUAUAUGAAUUAUCAUGGCUUCUUUUAUUGUACGUUAUUAACACUGUCUUUUCAUAUCGAAAUAAAGUCGGAAAAUAAAUGA